CGCCCAAGUCUUUGGACGUCAAAUUUUUUAGAUUUUCUGCAUCAUCGUCCUUUCGAACCCUUCAACACAGUGAAACUAAUGUCAUAUUUUGAAGUGCGGCCAGGAAAUAACAGUUUCUCCUUCUUGCAAGUAAAUCAAGAUGAGUCCUGAUGAAGUUACAGUGGAGUGCUCUUGGAAAAUCGAAAACAUCGACAAAGUCUGGGAAAAAAUUUUAUGGAAGGAUAAGUUGCCUGAAUUGGUUGAAGAAACAAACAUUAGCAAUUGUUUUAGUAUGAGUCAAAGAACUACCGAUCCUUGUCCGUGUUCGUUAAAAAUUUGCCUUACAAAAAACAGAAAAUUCAUUGCCAUCCAAAUUCUUUCAGAGGUUCCUAUGAUAGAAGUUCAUGGACAAUAUGAAGAGUACCUCAUGACUGUUCGGGGUGAGCUGCUAGAAGAAGUAGAUGGCUCUGCUUUGUAUGAGUGCAGAAUAGAUCUGCCAAAGAUGCAAUCAGAAAUACUUCUAAAGCUUUGUAAAUUGAAGGAGGCUACCAGUGUGUGGAUAUAUGGCAUCUCUGCAGUAACAAAAUCCCUUGAAACUAGUGCAUCGGUGCCCUCGCUCUCUGGGAAAGCCGCUGGCGCUAAUCAAUUAUUAGCCUCGCUAAUGCAUGGACUCAACCAAGGUAGCAAGAACAUUGACGGUAUCGAAACCAUAGUGGACAAGAAGCUCAGAGAAAUGGAACUUCGCAUGAUGAGCAGGAUUGACGAACGACUUGACCGCAUAGAAAAAAGAAUGGAAGAUGAAAAUUCAAGAAUUAUCGCAUUGCUGUCAGACCUAAAAAACAACUAAUACAAUAAUCGAUACAGCUUUGAA